GAAAUUAAAAUCAUGAGUUAGAAAUGAAAAAAAUGUUGUCGUUGAAGGUAGUGUUUUGCUAUUACUUGAUUGAAAGUUAUGUUUGCGGGCAAAUUAUUCAAAAACAUUAUUCAUACGAAAAUAAUUCUGUCGGUGAAAGUACAACAUUAAAGAUUUCUCCAAACGAUAUAGUGCUUGAAACGCAAUGUCCUUCUAAUGAGAGUUUGCAUAGCAAAAAUGAUAUUAAAGUUUUGAUAGACUACAUAUACAAGCAGUUAUCUAUAGAUGAACAGUUGUCUGAAGCUUAUAAAUCGCAAGCUCUAGGAGUGCGAGAUCAAUAUAUUCAAGAUAUUAAGCAUUUUAUUGAGUGGUUUCAACAUCAGCCUGAACAUCUAAAACAUGUUUUGGAAGGCUUAGCUCAAGUAAGGAUAAAGCUUAUAGAACCGAAUGUCAACAAAAUUGCUAAAUUAUUGCACAAUUAUCCUCAAAUGGCAAGCGCAUUUAACGAAAAAAAUGUUAAAUUGCGUAAACUGCUCAAUAGACAAAAGAGAUAUCAGACUAUGUUCAGUUUCAAUUGCGGGGGAAUGGAAGAUCAUCGUGUCAAAAGAGAAAUAAAAAAUGAUUAUUAUUGUAGUUCAUUAGCUGAACUUAAUAAUAGAAUUGUACAAAAAUUUCAAGAAAUUAUUGAACAAAUGAAAACUGGCAUGGUUAAUCACCUCUCGAUUUAUAAUGAAAAUUAUAAAGAAUCUAUUGAUAAAAUUAAAAACAAUCUAAAGGAUAAAGCAUUACAAAAGUUUGGGCGCACCAUGUACGAUAUUUUGAUUUUACAAGAUGAAUAUCAUCAUUUUGUAGAAGAUUUAAAUAUAACUAACUUAGAAACAGAGGUAUUUUCCACACAAGAAUUAAGCAUACAAAUAGAUGAGAAAUUAUUACAAAUGUAUAAAGUUGUUGAAAAUUACGGACAACAUUGUCGAGGUUGUGGCGAACAUAUUCUCAUACGAAAUACAAGAGGAACAAACGCACAUUUCGAAGAAAUUGAUGAACAGUCUUCUGAGGAUAUCGUAGAUAGCCUGAUUAAUGUAAAGUUCAAUGAAACUGCUAUUGAUAUUAGAAAUGAUUGGUAUGAAAUAUUCAAAGACUUGAAUACAUUAAUACAUGAAGUUGAAAAAGAGGAUAUCAAUUUAGCUCAUUUAAAACCCAUUCAAGAAGACGUUGUGAAGAUUAUAAAUGAAGAAAGACAAAAAUUACAAAAACUGAAAAGUAUCGCUCCCAGAUCAACGAUAAAAAACGUAUUGGAUUUAGUAAAUCAAUCGAAGCUUCUACUUAAAACUAUUGAUGAAUCUAUUAUUUCCAUUGAGGCUCUUAUUAACAAAUACUCGUUAUAGUAUAGUAAUAUUCUUCUUAUACUAAUAUUCUUGCAAAUGAUGCUUAGGUUCUAAAUGUUAAAAAAAUUAUUAAAUUUCCGAAUAAAUUGUAUAAAAUGUA